AUGUUUCACAAACUGUCGAAACAGAUGGUGCGGAGGGUGUGGACAAUGAGUCCGAUGGCGGCUGAGUUCAAUCGCGUCAAUCCAAAGCCACAAUCAUUUCCGCGAUUCUUCGAGCAGAAGACGGGUCUCUUCGGUCAUGAGUUGCUGUCAGAGCCGUCGGGUUUCUAUCUGUUCCGCGAGAACGCGAUCGUAGAAUCGGAUCGACUGGUGAAGGAAGCGCUGAGUCCUCACCGCCAGAGAAAGAUAGUGGAAGUGUUGGACCAGUUGUCCAACUGUUUGUGUAAAGUGGCGGAUAUGGCAGAGUUCGUCCGCAUCGGUCAUCCCUCCCAACGGUUCGGUCACUCAGCAGAAGAGGCCUCCAUUGCCAUCAGCACUGAAGUCGAGAGACUCAACACAAACAAAGCCUUAUAUGAGUCGCUUCGGGAGGUGUCUGAAAGGGGCGACCGGUUGGCCACCAAUGCGUUGGACGAGUAUGUGAUGAAACUGUUUCUCUUUGACUUCGAGCAAAGCGGUAUCCAUUUGGAUGAAGACAAACGCAAACUCGUCCUCCAACUCAAUCAACACAUACUACACGUGGGCUCCUAUUUCAUGAGCAGUACCUCUCAAUCCAGAACUGUUCCCAAAUCGAAACUUCCCGAAGAAGUUCGCAAUUGUUUCCAUUCGGAUGGCGAUUAUCUAGUGAUCACCGGUUUGUACAACGACUCGGACAACGAAUUGGUGAGAGAAGCCGCUUAUCGUGUCUUCUUAUAUCCGGACGAACAUCAGGAGAGUCUUCUGCAGGAACUGCUGAUGUCUCGCCUCAAAUUGGCACAAAUCUGUGGCUUUGAGUCCUACUCUCACCGCGCAAUCAACGCCAGUAUCGCUAAUAAUCCGGAAACCGUUUGGGAACUAAUCGAUUGCAUAACUGAUCGGUUGAGACCUUUGGCCGAACAGGACUUCAGAGAAAUGCUUAAACUGAAGACUUUGGACAACAAAUACGCCAAAAGUGUGAAGUUAUGGGACAUCCCUUUCUAUACGAAUCUGUUUAAGCAAAAGAUGUUCAGUCAGGACAUGAGUCUCUGUGCGCCAUAUUUCUCGUUGGGUUCGUGUAUGGAUGGACUCAACACUAUAUUCGGCGCCUUAUUUAACACUAAACUUGAAAUAUGUGACCAAACGGUAGGCGAGAGUUGGCACCGGGAUGUCAUCAAACUCUCUGUCAUCGACUCCAUCACAAACACAACAUUGGGUUUCAUUUAUUGUGAUUUCUUUGAGCGCUCCUCAAAGCCUCACAACGACUGCCACUUCACUAUUCAGGGCGGCUGUCAUCUGCCCGACGGCUCCUAUCAGUUACCAAUCGUUGUCCUCUCACUGAGUCUACCGAACCCAACACAACAGACCCCAUCACUACUGACCCCUCAUAUGGUGGACAACCUGUUCCACGAGAUGGGACACGCAAUGCACUCAAUGCUGGCCCGAACGCCGUACCAACACAUCACUGGCACCCGUUGUUCCACAGACUUGGCUGAAGUGCCGUCCAUUUUGAUGGAGUUCUUUGCGUCCGAUCGACGAGUUAUCUCGACAUUUGCCCGACACUACCAGACCGGACAACCCAUACCCCAGCAUCUGCUCAAUGUAUGGCUCGACUCGAAACGAGUGUUUAUGGCCAGUGAUCUUCAGUCACAGGUAUUCUACUCAGCCUUAGAUCAAUCAUACCAUAGCUCUAAACCAUUGAGAGAUCUGAAGAACACAACGGAAGUGUUGUCACAAAUUCAAAACCAUUACUACAGUGUGCCGGCGGUGGCCAACACUGCCUGGCAGUUGAGGUUUGGCCACUUAGUCGGUUAUGGCGCCAAAUACUACUCAUAUCUGGUGUCCAAAUCUGUGGCCGCAAGCAUUUGGCACAAACUGUUUCAAAAGGACCCGUUCUCGGCGUCCGCCGGACAGCUCUAUAAAGAGGAAGUCCUACAACACGGCGGAGGAAAACCCCCUAAACUUAUAGUCGAAAGUGUCUUAAAUGAAAGUAUUUCAGCCAAAAGUCUGUCCGAUUCUCUCAUCGAUAUUGUGUUGCAAUCAUCCGAAAGACAUAUUCAUUCAAAUAGUGAUUGA